CUUAAACGAUUUUAAAUUUUAAAAUUCACAACAAUAAAUUUGUAAUAUAACCAAUGGGCUGGAAUUUUAUUUCUCUCUUUGCUCAUACAAAAAAUAGAUAAAAUACUGUGGAUGAAACCGAGCGAGUCUAUUCUUACGGAAAGAACACUUAUUAAAAAAGGAGCAACUUAAAAAUCAAAAUAAUACAUAUGUAACCGCUUUACUGAAACAUUUUAAGGACUACCAAAAAGUCUAAAUUUUGCUUAAAAUGCUCUGCAGACAUGUCGUCUGGAGGAGCAGGAUCCUCAGCAACUGGUGCAACCGCCAAUGACUUUUUUGGCUGGGAUUUGCUUUACAAAACAAUUGAAAAAACUGUUGAUAAAAAGUCUGAUGUAUUGAUUGCACUAGCGCACUUUUUGCUUGUGAAACAUUAUAAAAUGCAAUGCAUCGGCAUUGGAGAAGAUAAAACUGUUUCAACAGAAGAUGUUGGUUCCGAACUAUUACCUGACGGUUGGAAUGAUCGAGGCAAGAGAUACGCCUUGCGUUAUUUACACAAUGGUCGAUUGUACCUUCUAAUAGGCCAUAAUACAGAGGAUUUUAUUACUAUUAAUUUACUCGAUGUUAAGGACACCAAGGUAACUAACAUAACUUUAAAUCCACAAGAAUGGAUAAAACAACUUAAAGGAACGCUAAACACAAUGAUGCCUGAAGCAUCACUGAUAUCAGAUCGCUAUCGCAAAGAGUUAGUUGACCCGGUGUUCACGGGAAAUACGCGAGAGGUUACUACGCAAACAAAUGUAAAUCAAGAGUCACGAGCACCAAACUUCCGCGAUCCGCUCGCAAUAGGCGGGCCGAUGAGACCUGGCGGUUCUUUUCGAAUGGAGCCUCGGCCGUUUGGCUUUCCCGACGUUGGACGCGGCGACUUAGAUCCUUUGGGUCGCGGUGGUCCUGGUAAUCUCUUUCCGAUGCCUUCACGUCCCGAUUUCAAUGCCGGUCUGAAUCCGCGUUUCGAUCCCGUUGGUCCAGACGGACGUAUUCUGCGUGCCGAUCCUAAUCCGGAUCAUCUGCAACCACCAAAUUUUGGUUUCGACUACUACAUGUAAUAACGAAAAUGCGAUAAAAAAUGCCAAAAAGCUUAUGAAUUAUUUUCAAUAUUCAUAAAGGAUGUAUUUACAUAUAUACAUAGGUUAUUAAUUGUUGGUUAAAGCCUAUUCUUUUGAUAGUUGCAAACUGUUUAAUUCAAGAGCGGGCUUUAACAUGUGCCUUUAACGCACUUCGAACUCAAUAAAACUGAAUGAUAAUAAGAAUUUAGGUUACAGAAACUAAAAUAAAUAAUUAUAUUGUAAUGAGAUUAAUUGCAACUUUACUUGAAUGAGUCUUAACCAUUGGUUAAAUAACCGAAAAUCGAAAAAGCAAAAUUAUUAGUUUGUAUUGGUAAUUUUUAUAUCGAUUCAUCGACUGCAAGACGACUACUUAAUUUGGUUUAAUAUUUGAAUUGCAUUUGAGAGAUAUUAUAUUUAUUAUUCAAUAAAAUAGUUUGGUUAUAGUACACCAGGAAAUGAAA